AUGCCGCACCCUGUCGUUGCCUGGCGACAAUACGUCAUGGAAAGAAAGAGCAAAGAAGUCGGCGAUGAUAACGAAGCCAGUCAUCAUCUCCUCGACCCGGAAUCGCGAGCAAUUGUUCCUUCUUCGCAGUAUAAGAGGUCCAAAUCACUGUGGUUGUUGUUUCACGUGGCAAUCGCUGGAAUCUAUCUUAUUCUAAUUCCAUAUGUUUUGUCCGCGUUAUCAAAAAGUGGGCAGAACGGCUGCGUUGCAAAGUUCAAUUACUACUCUCCAAUCAACGAAGCCAUCAACGAAGAAUAUGUGGAUGUCAGGUUCAACGGUUCCCUGUGGCACGACUCGCCAUACAAAGGACCACCAACACCCGCGGUCGAACAAGCAUGGCAAGAUCUAAUGGCAUACGGAACCAUAAGCGUCACAGCCGAGGACAUCAUCCGCAUUGGCCACAAUCUCACGGCGGUGCAGUUUCCAGAGAUCGCGGGGGGCGGCUAUCUUGCAGUGGCAAUGGGAACGCAUCAGAUCCAUUGCUUGCACUAUAUCUGGCAAGACCACCAUAUGGACUCAUUCCCAAAGACGAAGGCAAACAAAAAGGGGGCACCGGAAAUGUACGAAAGGCAUUACGAGCACUGUAUUGAUUACAUUCGCCAGACACUCAUGUGCAACUUUGAUCCGGGGAUCAUUCCGUACUACUGGGUGAGGAAGCAUAAUCAGCCUACUCCAGAUGGUAAUACCCAACACAAGUGUGUUAACUGGGAUGCUUUGCAUGGCUGGUUGAAAGAACGAGCAGUGCACAUGCCUGAUGGAUUCGAGUGGCAUCAGCCUCCGGACGCUGUGUCUCUGCCAGACAAUCCUUGA